GUUUUCCUUGAAUGGUUUGUGUCUUGGAUACAUUUUCAAUGGGUGACUAAAUGCACGAAAAUCGAGCAAAUUUUCACAUACAAAAGCAUAGACAGUAAUAGUAUGAAGGAUAUAACAUCCUUUGUCACCCUAUCGUUAUAGAUAUUGUUACACAAUUCCAUUUAGGUUGUAAAUAAAAGCAAUUGUUUUGUGUUAUUUAGUGCUUUAAAGAUUUCAUUAUUGCAAUAAAGUCAUGUCUGUUCAGGCAGUAGAUCCAAGAAUAGCUUUAGAAUUAGAAAAAUUAAACAAUUCAUGCGAAAAAAUCAAUAAUUUGGAAGUGAAUUUGGAUGAACUGAAACGUAAUUAUCAGGAACUGCAAGAAGCAAGUCAGGAAGAAAUUCGAAUGAUAAGUUGUAAGAUUAAGAGUGCCAUUGAAAUUGCUAGACCCCAUUAUGAUGCACGGCGGCAGGCAAAUGAGUUAUUGAAGGAACUGAAGGUCGAACAAGUGAAUUAUGAAAAGGCAAAGACAAAUUUAGCUGCAGCAAAGGAAAUGGUGUAUCUUGCUGAACAAAGUGUCACGCAAAACUCACAGGGAAUGGGCGGAUUGGACAUAGCUUUACAAGAGAUGAUUAGUCACGCUACAAGCCGUGUAAAUCAGUACACAGACGAGUGCAAUAAAGUUCAAAAUCGCAUGAGGAUAAUAGAACUGAAACAUGAGAUGGCAAACAUUCAUGUAACGAAAUUACAGUCACAACUGAAAGCUUCCAUAAAAGUGUCGAGACCGUAUUAUGAAACGCGUGCUAAUUAUAAUGCCAAAUUAAGGAACUUAAAGCUUAAAAUUAUAGAAAUGGAAACAGAAGUGCAAAAGACAAAAGCUGCUUACAACGAAGCUUUACAGAAUUUAGAGAAAAUUUCAGAUGAGAUCCACAAACUGCGAGAGGACCAGAAACUUAACAGUUAUCAUGACGAAGACUUUCCACAAGUGAAGCCACAAUCAAGCAACAAAACAUAUCUGUGCUAUCAAAAUAGCUUGUCUGAUGAUUAUGAGCUUGUUGAUGACGACGAUGAUGAUGACGAAAUGGAGGGAAAGAAUAUACAAAAAGAAGACAUUUGGUCAGAAAUUCCAUUAAAUACCGGAACAAUGUCAGCAUCAAACAGCACGUCAAGUUCAAAUUAUACGCAAAACUCAGACUGUGAUGAGAAAGUCAAGAAUGAAGAAGUGGCAACAUCAAGUGAUAACAAUAAAGACACCAAUAAGGAUGACGAUAAAAAGUCAGGAGGCCUAAGCGAGUGGCUUUCAAAGUCGUCAUUUCGACGACAAAGUCUAGAAGAUGUUUUUGCUCAAAGUACAUUAUUUGGGAAAUUUGGACGUUCUGGUGAGCGACGUAAUUCUGAGUCCGAGGUGGAAUCAACUUCUACAUCAGCCAAAAAAGAAUUCUUCCUAUUCGGAAGGAAUGAGGGACUUACAGACAGUCAAAUUGAUCACUUUUUCCUACCCGAUGAGCAUCUUUAAAUGUUUGAUGCUCGAUUUUUUAUUAUGAUGGAUUAACUAGGAAGCUGGAAUUGAUUGGAAGUGCUAAUUUUUUGUGGAAAUCGUAUGAAAUUUGUAGUGUUGUUCACAAAAACCUUACAAUUUCGAAAUUAAGGAAUUAAGCCAUACAAUUUCAAAAAUUAUUCAGCCGAAUUUGUAUGGUUUUAAAGAAUUGAUGAGUUAAAAUUGGAAUUUGUGUGGUUCUGGGACAAAAUUAGCAUCGUAUUGAAAAUGAUGGCUUAAUAUGCUUUAGAAAAUUAUUAAAGAAAAUUAAAAAUUAAGAUGGUUCUAUUAAAGAAAAUUAAGUGACUCGUAUAAAAACAUUUGUAUGGUUUAAGAUAAGAAAAUAAAACACUUGUAUGGUUUUUAAUGAGACAAAUCAAAAACAUUUGUAAGUUUCUGAAAAGAAAGCUCAACAUAAACAUUUGAGUGGUUUUCAAGCAUUUGUAGGGU